AUGAAUCAUUCUAUAUCACAAGAAUGGAAUGGCAGUAUUGGGGAGACAUCUGCCGGUAGAGCAGGAUACAGCAAUGGUACCAACAACGACGCCAGUGCCAUGGCACCUUCCAAUAAUUCCCACCGUCCAAAACAGCCAACCACCGACUUUGAAGGAACCAUUGAAAGGCUUCUAUCGCAAGUCGAACCACGGGAUUCACAAUUAUUCAAGCCCAAUGAAUUGCAAAGUCUCACGCAGUUGUGCGCCAUUCAGUCCAAUAUGCAAGAAUCCAAGCAUUUUUCCAUCAACAAUGAUUUGGGCUUUUCCGAUGUUCAAGUCGAUGCCACCACUCAAUUGGUUUCCAUAUUAGAAGAUCAUGUCAAGGCAGCCACGGCGACCAAUGUCAUUCAACAAACAUAUCAAGCUUCCAUGUCCAUCAAGAAUGCUACCCAGGCUGCCAAAGCCAAUGGGGACAAUACCAAUGCUGCCAGGCUUGCUGCCAAUGGAGGCAUUAUCAGUAUCGAUCAGUGGAUCCAAUAUCAAGGAAAGGAAUCCGUCGCCAUACUCCAACAGGGCCUCGAGGCAGCCUCCAUUUUGCUAUUCAUCAUGGCCAGUCCAGGAAUGGAUCGACGAGUCGUCAGUGAAGAUGCCAUUGCGUCUACCAUUUCUUUACUCCGACAUCACUUGAGCAAGAAUAUUUUGCCGGCCAUUAAUCAAGUGGGACAUUUGGUGGCGGCCAUGGACGCCAAUUCUGCCAAUUCCAAGAAAUCGACGACGACGACGACGACGACGACGACGAGUCCGAAUCCCAAAAAGCGGCGGCGGUCCAGUGGAGCCCACAAUGCUGCAGCCGCGACAAGUGGUGGUGGUGCCGGAGCCAAAGAUAUGAAAAAAGUGUAUCCCUGGAUCUUGAGAACGGCCAGUGCUACCAUCUUGCUGCUGGAAAAUUUGGAUUCCCUCGUACAAAAGAUUCCAUUGGACGACCAAGAAUUGCUCCUGAUUACCUCGGGGUCCAUGAUGACUCUGGAAUUGGAUCCCUUGGUCCAUCAAACCCAAUUGGUACAUCAACUUCAUGUGGUCACUAAUAAUCUUGUCACGAGCAUCUUUCGACGGUAUCCACAGUUGCGGCAUGUCAUUUUGGAAGACUUGUUUCCGUUGAUGCCCAAAAUGCCCUCCUCCAAGCGAUCCAUGCGGACGUAUUCAAUUCAACAACAGGCCUCCAGCAUCUUGUAUCCAUCAGGGUUGGUGCAAUUGUCACAAAGUAUGGCACCGUCCAAUACAGAACCACUCUACAUUCAAACCAUUUCAGUUCUCAUCAUGUCCUUGGUGCAGUCGGCCGUCCGACGGCCGUCGAAAAAGUCCGCGGAGGAAAGCAGUGGUGGUGACAAGAACAAUGCUACUGCCAAUGCUAAUGCAAAUGCUAAUGCUGACGAUGACGAGGAGGAUGCUUCCAAGACCAAUCCACUGCAAUCAGGGUUGCGACAUUGUCAAGCCAUUAGUGACUUUUUUGUCCAACACUUGAUGCAACGAUGCGCCAAAAAGGGAGAAGAUGGCGGAGCCUCAGAAUUUAGACCCAUUCUGGCCAAUCUCAUUGACGACUUGUUGUUGGUGGUCUUGAUUCCAGAGUAUCCGGCAGCGGAAAUGAUUUUGCUCAGUGUGGCCAAUCGCAUCAGCAACGAUUUGUUGCAGGUGGCAUCCUCGUCCAAAUCGUCCAUGAGUUCGGAAACGACCUAUCUCAAUACCAUCUUUGAUGCCUUUGGCAAGAUUUGUGCCGCCGAAGCCAAGGUCCUCAAGUUUGCUAGGGAACGACCCGUGCACAUGCGUCAUCCGAUUCGCAAUGAAGGGGACAAGCAUGUGGCCUUUUACUUUGCGGACAAUUCCUUUUCCAAAGACAAGCUCAUGAUCAAUUGCAGUCGAUGUCAUACCUGGUACCACGGGAGCUGCGUCGGAUUGUCCCGGGACAAUAUGCCGGAUCAAUGGAUUUGCGAUGCCUGUCAACUGGCGCGGAUUGGGGAAUUGGAAAAGGAUCGUAACACCAACCUGGGGGAUAUGGGGUGCUCGAUCUCACUAAUGGACGAAACCUAUUGCAUGCAACGUUUGUUGAUUGACUACUUGUCCAUUAUUGCGCGCAAGAACGGGGAACGAGGGAUUCAAGAUGCCUAUGGCUUUCAACUGGCCCGAUGGAUUGUGGAAUUGAAUGGUCGGAAUGGUAGUAAGAACUCACCCUCCAAGAGAUCUCGGAAUGGAAAUGUACAGUACAUUGUCGACUAUGAGAACGAAAGUGAACCGAAUUUGGAACCACUGCUAGUGCGAUUGCUUGAAUUGUGGGAUCCCAGCGAAUCUUCGAAGCUCAAUCCAGCAGCGGGUACCAAAUCACUGAGUGGGAUGCUCCAUUGUAUCUCUGAUGAGGGACGAAGUCGGAUGAUGGUCCACCUCAUAUGCAACCAGUCCAUGUUGCUCAUGUCCUUCCGGCGACAAAUCGAUUUGAUUGUCAAACUCAUGGCAAAUGAAAACUCGGCGUUGCUGCGCAAGUUGUCGCUCAAGGCGAUUGAGCGGGUAACAGACUCGGACCAACAAUUGAUGAUAUACUCCUUUAUGAAAAAGGCCGUGACACUUCGUUUUUCGGAUGAUUCCAUUUCAGUUCGCGAAGCUGCAGUCUCACUGGUGGGGUCCUACGUUGUGCACUCUCCGGAGGUUGCCACCUCGUUCCACGCUGCAUUCAUGAUGGGGUUGAGCGAUUCUGGUUUGAGUGUUCGGAAGCGAACCAUCAAGAUUUUGGAGACUAUCCUCUGUUCCAAUCCAAAGUACAAGGGACGAGCUGAAGCUUGUAGCGUAAUGUUACGAUUGGCGGCAGAUCCGAAGGAAGACGACGGAGUUCGAGAUCUGAUUCAUGCCGUGUUCCUCAAGGUCUGGUUGGACAAGGGAGACGAAUCAAUGCCAGUGUUCAAUCCUACGAGCCCCAUAACACCGGAAGCGCAAUCACCGAUUCCGGCCGCCUAUACAGGCCGGGGAUCCUUCGUCGAGGGAUUAGAAGAACGACCUGUUGGUCACAAUGGUCUGUCCACUCCGAAUGCUGCUUCGAAAGGGGACCUUUUGUCGCCACUUCCAACCAGAGAGACUCGAUCCACCGAACGGAGAACGAAGAAACGACGACUUCAGAUUCGAUCCGAAAUUGCUGCUGAGCAGAUGGUAGAGGUUGUCAAAGCAGCAGAUACAGGGGAGCACUUGACAAGCUUAUUCAGGGAACUACUACAUGCCUCAGCCGACGCGGAUACAGAACGAAAGUCAUCGCAAAAACGAAAACAGCUCAGUAUCGCUCAAGAGCAUUGUUCGAUGCUGGUGGACGCUCUUCUUGAAAUUCUUCUUUCUUUUGAAGAGAACCGAGAGAGUGUUACUCAGCCUGGGAAGGAAUUGGUUGCUAUAAUGCGGUUGAUCAAAGUCUUCACAGAUGUGUGGCCUUACGCUCUGGUGAAGCACCUGGACACACUGCUUCCAUACAUGAAGGCUGAUAAUGGCGUUGGUAUGCAAGACGAAGCUGUUGUUGUCAGCUCAUUGGCAGACAUCAUAUCGCAAGUUUCCAGUAUUUUGCAGCAGGAGGACAUUGAGCACCUUGAGAGUACGUCUCUCGCUUCAGACCUCGGAAACGUCACAUACAAAUUGGGUCGAAUUGGGUUGACAUCAGCAACUCGCACUCUUUGUGUUCUGGCUCACCACAAGUACGCUGGCGAGGAAAGCAAAUUUCGCAAAAAGAUGCUUUCAAUAGCCAAUGUUUUCUACGGCGUUCUACAAAAGCACAAGGACGUGAACGAUUUCUCUCAGCACGGAAGAAAAGCCAGGGCAAAUAUCCAACGAGCACUCAGCGUGCUUGGGUCGGUAUGUCGAUACCACGAAGUAGCACUCAAAGAUGACGAAAUGGAUGUGGACAACGCGGAAGAUGAGAACGACGAGAGUGAAACUCAGGUGGCGGCAAAACCAUUGACCUGGGAGAACACAACGAUACAAUGCCGAAAACUGUUUGAAGUGUACAUGAAGAAAGAUCACGUGCAAACCAAGUGUGUUGCUCUUCGAGCAAUGUGUGGCAUCUUCAUGGCCCAUCCAAGGGAGCUUUUCCGCAUGAAUCAAGAAGGUCUCAUAGGAGAGGUAAUGUCGGAGGCUUCGCCAGCAAGUAUUCAGUUGGAGGCACUCCGAUGCUGGCGGGAGAUUUUGCUUGCCGAGGAGUCUCGAAUUGAUAGUGGUGAAGCAAAGGCGAAGAUGGAUUCAAAGACGAGCAUUACCGUUUCCAAUAAGAUUUCCGGAGAUCAAGACGCGGACGCCACCUUGUUUGGAGGCGUUUUGACCAGCCAUGCUUCGCGCCUCUUUCAGAUGACACAGUCGAAAGACAGAACCCUUCGCUUUGCAGCACUUGAUCUAGUCGGUCAUCUCUUGCGCCAGGGACAAGUCAACCCGAUGGAGACUGUUCCAUUUUUGCUUGCCUUGCAAGGGGAUGUAGAGGAAGAUGGUAUUCGCUCACUUGCUUUGAAACUGCUCAUGACCGAAGGAGAGAAGCGUACGGAUAUGUUGCGACAACGUGUCUGUGCUGGAGUAAAGCAGGCGUAUCUCUUUCAGAAGUCUGCAUAUCCAGACUUGGAAGAAGUAUCAGCUCUAGUGCGAGUCAAUCGGCACGGUACUCGCAUGACGGAAUGCGUCUUUUCACGAGUCUUCGAAGAAUGCAUCCGUAGCAUCAAGAAGCAGCGACAUGGUUUGUUCCGCAAUCUCCUUACUCUUUUUGAUAUCAAAAGCCGAAUGGAUUCCGAAGAAAUGACUCCUAGGAAGAAGAAGAAAAAGGAGUCUGAAGAGACGACCAAUGAAGACACUUCAUUUUUGAAAGACCUUCCAAUGCUUUGCUUUACUUCACAGGUUCUGGCACAUUUGCCUUACUCUGUGGCAUCGGAUCCGUUGUACAUCAUCCAUGUAAUCACUGCCAGUUUGGCACUAAGAGCACCUGAUCUAUUGGAUCGCUUGGCUAGCUUUCUUCGUCCUUACGGCUUAUCGAGCAGCGAUGUCAUGGACGAGACCAAUGCGGAAGCAGAUGUUCUUGAAAAAGCUGCUAAAGAGAAGAGCCCGAGCCAGGCUAUUGAAGUGACCAAGCUCUUGAAAUCGAACUUUGACCAGGAGACAUUCACCGAACUCUGCGCCGAAGCUGGUGCCUUGUCAUUGAUGCUUCGUCUGAAGGCAUUCUUGCGCAAAGCUUACAACUUGAGCGAGGCGCGAUGCAUUGCCUACAGCCCCGAUGAGAAAGAUCGAGUGGCAGAGCGUGCCAUUACCAAAGCAUCGACCAUGCAAUUUCAGUCUAGUUUGCCCAUGCUCGCGCACCAAAACGAUGAAGAGUUGGACAACAUGAUCUUUCAGUAUGCCGAAUUCCGUCAGCUCAUGCGAGCUGAGACUAGCAUGGAAACCAAGCUUGAGUUGGAGGACGACUCUGAUGGAGACGAUAUUGCUGUUACUGCUGUCACUGCUGUCACUGCUGCUACUGCUGCUACUGCUGUUACUGCUGUCACAACAGGAGAAAGCAACGGUAGCAAGAGAAAGCGAAACUCCGUAUCAUAG